AUGCUUUGCGGAUCCCGGACGCUGCACCGAUGUGCGUGUGCACCGGCUCUCGUGACAAGGGGCGCACUGAACACGGCAGUCUCAUGGACAUUGUCUCACACCCUUGCCUUGUCUGCCUCCCUGCGGCGGUGUAGUUGUACGGCCAGGAGUACUAGCAAUCCAGAGCGUUGCGCGGGCAGCGCUGACGCCGAGAACGCCUCCUCGGCGAGUGCAUCGGCGCCCAACUCCUCUACAGCGGGGACGACCGCACCCAAGCGUCGAGUGCAGAUAGCGGUGGUGGGCAGUGGGCCCAGCGGCUGUUUCGUUGCCAGCCACCUUGUCAAGAAGCACCUCGAGUUGCACGUGGACAUCUUUGAGCGGCUGCCAGUGCCGUUUGGUCUAUGCCGCUACGGUGUGUCGCCGGAUCACCCGGACGUGAAAAACGUGGAGAAGCAGUUCAUGGAUCUCUUCCAGAGCGGGCGCGUGACGUGGGUCGGGAACGUGUCCAUUGGGAAAGAGAUCCCGCUGCAGGCGCUGCUGGCGCACUACGCGGCGGUGGUGUUCGCGACCGGCGCGGACGGGUCAAAGAAACUACGUAUCCCGGGCGAGGACCUCGGCGGCGUCAUUUCCGCCCGCAGCUUUGUGGAGUACUACAACACCCUUCCGUUUCCGUACGGCUCGCCGCACUUCUGCCCCUUCGAUCUUGACCGCACAAAGCGCGUCGUCGUCAUCGGGAACGGCAACGUGGCGAUGGACGUGGUGCGGGUGCUCGGCGGGUCGUACAAGUACUUCUCUCCAACCGAUAUGAACUGUGUUUGCAUCAAGGAGCUCAUGAAGAAUCGAAUCGAGCACAUCAGCGUGGUGGCCCGCCGCGGCGUUGAGCACUCGGCGUUCGCCACCGCCGAGUUCCGCGAGAUCACCAAGUAUCAGGAACACCAUGUGAAAGUCGAGGUGGACCACUUCGACCUCGGCGCGGCGGUGGCGGCAAUGCCAGCCGGAAAGGUCAUGCGUGCGCACAAGCGCAUGAUGGAGCUCGUGCAUCGAUAUGCGCUGACCAGCGAAGAAACAGCCGCCGAAGCGGCGCAGCUGGCAACGGAUGCGCAGGGCGUGCCACUUCCGAGCGCUGCCGCUUCGCCUGCAGAGCCGUCUGCGACGACGACAGCAUCGGAAUACGGAAUGGGCCGCCCACAACGCGGCAACCGUGGGUCGUGCUGCAUUCGCUUUCGAUACAACCUCACGCCGAUCGCCAUCCUGCCCAGCCGCCACCGCAAGAACUACGUUGGUGGGGUUCUCUUCAAGAGGACGCGUGCCGAGGCACCGGGCAAGGCAGCAGAAGACGAGGGUGAGUACUGCAUCGUGCCGUGCGACCUCGUCAUGACCUCCAUCGGUUACCACUCUGACAGCAUUGCCGGCGUCCCGUUCGACGACCGCACCGGUGUCAUCGACAACGAGAAGGGGCGCGUGAAGGGCAUGCCGCGUGUGUACUGCGCCGGCUGGGCCAAGAACGGUGCCAAGGGCAUCAUCCUCCACUCCGUCGUCGAUGCGCAAGAGACGGCAGGGACUAUUCUGGCGGACAUGGAGGUAGGCGUCAUCCCGACGGAGCCGACAGCGCAGUCGGAGGAGGCCGAAGGAACCGCAGCGGCGGUCGGGUCCUCGUCAGCAAGCGCGGCCGAAGCCGAGUUGGUGGAGGUGCUGUCCUUUGAAAACGGCCACUCGACGCCGCACCGACAGGCGGCCGGCGCUGCCACCACAACAAUGUACGGCAAGUACGGUCUCGUCGACUACUUCGUCACCAAAAAGCUUCAGCCCGUGUCCAUUGCGGGCCUGCAGCGCGUCUUGCACGUCGAGCACCAACGUGGUGUCGACCUCGGCAAGAAGGCAGAGAAGAUCAGCACGGUGCGCGACAUGCUCGACGUGGCCCUCGGUGGUGACGUGGGCAAGAAGGCUGACGAGCGCAUCCGCGGCAUCACCCCUGCCCGCUCUGACGCGAUGCUGUACCUGAAGGAGCUGCUGGAUGACGAUACGGACUUGAGGGCGCUUGCUCGCCAGGUUGCGCGGGAUGUACCGCACAAGCUUGCCCAGCAGCAUCCGCUCGGCAGCAUCGCACCUGGACAGCUUUAG